AUGCAAAUCAUAUUCAAGGACUUCAAAAAGCAAAAAGUCCCAAUUGAAGUCGAGGCUACCGACGGCGUCGUCGCCACCAAGGAAAAGCUCGCCGCGGAGAUCCUGUGCGACGCGGCCCAGCUCAAACUUGUGUAUCUGGGUAAAGUGUUGGCCGACGACAAGACGUUGGCUGACUACAAGAUGAAGGACGGCGACGCCAUCAUCUUCAUGGUGCUGAAGGCUAAGCAAAAGCCCGCCGAAUCUUCAGCCAGCGCCACUCCCCAGCCCGUGGCUAAUGAAGCCAGCGCCGCCGCCCCUGCUGCCGCGUCUACUGGCUCUACCACGGCUGCUGAAGUUCAACCCGCCACUACCGGCUCCGCUCAAUCGGGAUCCACGUCGGACUUUGUCACAGGCGACCAACGUGAGACCACCAUCCUUCACAUCAUGGAAAUGGGCUACGACCGACCCCGCGUCGAGCAGGCGUUGCGGGCUGCAUACAACAACCCCGACCGGGCGGUGGAAUACCUUCUCAUGGGGAUUCCCGAAACCUCAGCUGCCCCUGAAGCUGAACUGACAACGGAGAUCGCCCCAGCCCCUAACGCCGCGGCUGACACUACCGACGUCACUGACAUCGACACCGACCGCGGUUUGCAAUCGGAAAACUUGUUUGAAGCCGCUGCUGCCGCUGCCGGUGGCGCUGGUAUUGGUGGUGGUGCCGGUGAAGGUGAAGGUGGCGAAAUCGACAUCGACAUGGACGAGUUGGGCGAGGAAGACCGGCUUGCGGUGCUUCGCCAGGCGUUGGAAACCAACCCCGAACUCAUUCAACCUAUCCUUGAGCAAUUGCUGCAGUUGGCCCAAACUAACCCUGAGGUCCAGGCCCUCAUUCAACAAGACCCCGAAGGGUUCUUGCGGGCGGUCAUGCAAGGUGAGAUGGGCGGCUUUGAAGUGGUUGGCGAGGAAGGCGAAGCCGAAGAAGCCCCCUCUGCUUACGUGCCGUUGACUGCCGAAGAACAAGACGCGGUGAACCGGUUAUGCGACUUAGGAUUCGACCGCACCCUUGUUAUCCAGGUGUAUUUGGCUUGUGACAAAAAUGAAGAAGCGGCGGCUGACAUUUUGUUCAGCGACAAUUGA